AAAAGACUUGGGAACAUUAGAAGUAAUUUUGACCAUUAACAUAAAUUGAAGCUCAAAUAGUUAUGAUCUAGUUAAUGUCUCAAUGCUUUCAAACGGUUGUUCAACCAAAAAACCAACCUGUGAUUUCUCCACUUUUCUUUCCCGAAAUCAAAGGACUUGCAUUCACAUUCAUUUCAUCUCUCUAUCUUAGCUAAAAAAAAACUCGAAAGAAGAAAAGAGAGAGAGCGGAAGGAGGGGAGGGAAUCAAAGAUGGAAGAGUUCCGGCCCUCCUAUGAGGUGUCCCGUGGAGAUGGCGGCCGGAACACGGAGAUCAUUGAUACCAACAUGUUAAAAUAUGUGAACAAAGUUUACUUUGGUAGAUCACAACCAUCUUUUGAUCAAAAUCAGGUUGAUAAGAAAAAGAAGAAGAAGUCGUCGUCAACUAUGUCAAUCAAGUCAUGGUGGAAUGAACCAAAGAUGAAAAGAAAGAGGAGACUUACCAAGUAUAAGAUGUAUGCCCUUGAAGGGAAGGUCAAGGAUUCCUUAAAGAAAGGGCACAGAUGGAUCAAGAACAAGUAUCGUAAGCUUGUGCAUGGCUACUAAAGGAAGAGACACUAAUCAUAAAAGCAAAAAGUACAGAAAAACAAAUAUUACAUCUAAAAUGUGAGUUUUUUUAUUAUUAUUUAU